AUGGAUGCUGAGUUCAAUAGAACAUAUAUAACUCUUGGUGGCUAUGUAGGAGUGGACAAACACGGAUAUCUUUAUUUUGUUAUCUUGUUGGCAUUAUAUCUCCUCAUCCUCUGUACUAAUUUAACCAUCAUAUGUGUCAUCUGUAUUCACAGGAACCUUCAUGAGCCUAUGUACAUUUUCAUUGCAGCUUUGUCGGUCAACUCUAUUUUGUUUAGCACUACUAUCUACCCCAAACUUUUCAUUGAUGUCUUAUCCCAAAGACAGAUCAUUUCUCAUUCAGCUUGUAUGUUUCAGAGUUUUAUGUUUUAUUCUUUAACUGGUUCAGACUUCCUCUUGCUGUCAGCCAUGGCUUAUGACAGGUAUGUGUCUAUCUGCAAACCUCUGCAAUAUCCAACUAUCAUGGGAAGAAUAACUGUUACUGUUCUCUUGGCCUUGGCCUGGUUUAUACCUGCACUUGAGGUUGCCGUAGCGAUUGCGAUUAAUUCUAAACAGAAACUCUGUGACUUUACAACAGAUGGAAUUUUUUGCAACAAUAAACUGUUUAAGCUUUACUGUGUACAAUCAACAGUUCUUAAUGUUUACGGUUUGAUUUUCAUUGUCAAUGCCGCUGUUAUUCCUGUGAUUUUCAUCCUUUUUACCUAUGUAAAGAUAUUUAUCAUCACUUAUCACAGUUGUGUAGAAGUCAGGAAAAAAGCGGCAGAGACAUGUUUACCUCAUCUGAUGGUUUUAAUCUUCUGCCUUUUUUUGUCUGUAUUUGAUGCCAUUUCAGCUCGAUUGGACUCAGAUCUUCCAAAAAGUGUCAAUUUAAUUAUGAGUUUACAAAUAGUUGUGUACGGUCCUCUGUUCAAUCCAAUCCUAUAUGGGGUGAAAAUGAAAGAAAUAUCAAAGCACAUCAAGAGAUUGUUGUGUCAGCCCAUGACUAAAAGCAUAUGA